UUAUUUUCAAUAAAAAAUUUUGAUUAAAUUUACCAAAUUUCAUAGAAAUUAUAUUCAGAAAUUUAGAUUUUUUAAUAGAGUGUAGAAUUAUAAAAAUUAGCUGAAUUAAAAGUUUAAUAAUUAGAAAGUUAGAAAACUAAAAUGCUUAAAUUAUAAAAGAUAUUUAAGUAAAUAGAGUUUUAUAAUUGUGAUCCUCGGUUUAUUGAAGAAAUAGUUAUUAUUGAAAAAAAUAAUAAAGUGUAAUUUUUGAAAGACUUAUCAAUGAAAGCAUCAUUGCUUAUUAAUCUAAAACAUUUGAGAUUAAAUCUUUAAAAUUAAAAUUUAGGAACAGAAUCUAUUCUUUAUUUAUCUAAAUGCUUAAGUCCUUAAAAUAAUUUAUCAUGCUUAAAUCUUGACUUUUAGCUAAACAAUCUAGAUUAAAAUUGUGCAAAAUAGCUUGGUUAAGGUAUUCAAAAUUGCAAAAAUCUAAACAUCUUACAUCUUGUGCUUGAUGGUAAUAAGAUAGGACCUGAGGGUAUAGAUUACUUAGGUUAUUAAAUUUCAGACAGUAUAAACCUUAUUCAUGUUACUUUACUGCUAUAUGGGAAUAAUAUAAGUGAUAAUGGGAUUAUCAGCUUAGGUUUUCAUUUAUCAAAAUUAAAAAAUUUACAGACUUUAUAAUUAGACUUAGGAGGAAAUAUGAUAAGAUCUUAAGGAGCUGAAGUCUUUGGAUAGUAUAUUGGCUAGUUGAUAGAAUUAAAUACCCUAUUUAUAGAUUUUUAAGAAAAUUUUUUAGGGUCUGAUGGAGGUUAAAAAAUGCUACAAAGCUUGAAAACUUUAAUUAAUUUAAGAUAAUUUUAAUUAAUAUUGAACUAUAACUAAAUAGAAGAUAAAGGUUGCUCGUAAAUUGGAUAUGAAUUAUCUCAAAUACACAGUUUAUAAUAGUUAACUUUACAUUUAAAUGAUGCCUUCAUUAACUAGAGUGGAAUCUCUUUACUUGGGAAGCAUUUAUAAAAUUGCAAAAAUCUAAAGCUGCUUUCUAUUUAAAUACUGUUCAAUUAAGUUCUUGACGUAGGAAUAUAAAAUUUUUCUCAAUGCUUACAUGCAUUUAGUCUUUUGAACACUUUCAAAAUCUCUCUAAAUCAACAAAAUCAAAUUACAGGAAAAGGCAUUAACGCAUUAAGUUCUGAAUUAAAAAAAUGUCAAAACCUAAGAAUUUUAAUGAUUUCCUUAAUUGAUACUAGUUAUGGAGAAGAAGCUGUUAAAAUAUUUGCGAGUAAUAUUAUGAAAUGCUAAAAAUUAAUUAUUUUUAACAUAUCAAUUAAAGGAAAAGAUCAUGAAUUCAUAAAGUUUUUUGGAAAGUUAAAAAAAUAAUGCAAAAAUUUAGUCAAAUACAUUAUUUUAUGA